GAAAUGGAGGGGUAGCAAUUGAAGCCGGGAAUAUGUGGCUCAAAUCCGCAGGUUGAAGUUGCAGCGAUUCCUUAUCUCUCGCUCCCGUCUUCUUCUUGUUUCCCUUCUCGAUUCUCAACUGUUAUUAUUGUUGGCCAAGUAAAAGAGGUGUGUGUGUAGAGAGAGAGAGAUGGGUGGCUCUGAGGACGCGUCCGGCCGCAACACGGCCUGUGUCGCCUCCAGCGGCAGCCUCCGUGCGGCCUCCAGGGGGGAGGGCGACGACGGCGCGGAGGAGGACGAGGAGGGGGAGGAGCCCCGGCGCCGCCCGAUCUCCCCCUCCGCCGCCGCGGGGUUUGAGGCCGGGUUCGGCAACGAGGGGGAGGUCAGCCUCCGGGAAUGGCUGGACCAGCCGGGGCGCGCGGUCGACCUCCUCCAGUGCCUCCAUAUCUUCCGGCAGAUCGCCGACGCGGUUAGCGCGGCCCACGCCCAGGGCGUCGUCGUCGGCAACGUCCGCCCCUCCUGCUUCGUCAUGUCCUCCCUCGACCGCGUCUCCUUCAUCGAGUCAGCCUCCUGCUCUUCCUCCUCCGACUCCUCCGAGGACGGCGCCGGGUCGCCCGACGGGUUCGGGGAGCGGGGCGCCACGGGAACUCCGGAGAGCGCCUCCGAGAUGCUGGCGGUCUCGGCGUGCUUGGAGGAGACCAAGGAGCGUGGGGAGGGCGACGUGGGCGCGGGAGAUCAGACGGCGUUCCCGCUGAAGAAGAUCUUGCUGAUGGAGUCCAUCUGGUACACGAGCCCGGAAGAAGCCACCGGGCGAUCGGGUACAUUUGCGUCGGACAUCUAUCGAUUAGGCGUUCUUCUCUUCGAGCUGUUCUGCACGUUCGACUCGCUGGAAGAGAAGCUUAUAACCAUGUCCAACUUGAGACACCGGGUUCUACCACCGCAGCUGCUGCUCAAGUGGCCUAAGGAAGCUUCCUUCUGUCUGUGGCUCUUGCACCCUCAACCGGAUACCCGGCCGAAGAUGAGUGAGGUAUUACAUAGUGAGUUCCUUAAUCAACCAAGGGAUAGUCUGGAGGAGCGUGACACAGCCAUUAAGUUAAAAGAAGAGAUUGAAGAUCAGGAAUUACUGCUGGAUUUUCUUUUGCAUUUGCAGCAAAGAAAGAAGGAAAUUGCUGAUCGGUUGCAUGAUACCGUCUGUUUUCUCUCUGCUGAUAUCGAGGAGGUCCUACAUCAGCAGUCAAUCCUCAAAAAUAAGUCAUACCAAGAACUGGACAAUGAUGAACACUCAGCUGUGGGAACAUUGGAUAAAGCCUCAUUGCAUCCCGUGAUGGAUGAGCACUCAUACGGCUCUGGUUCUAGAAAACGCCUCAGACCUGAGCUUCAGAAUUUUGUUCCAGAGGAGAAUGUUGCUGAAGGUGCAAGAUCAGAAACAGAUCAGCAAAUUCAGGAAAAUGCAUUAUCAAAGAGCUCACGGUUGAUGAAGAACUUUAAAAAAUUGGAGGCAGCUUAUUUUUCUGCAAGAUGCAGGCAAAUGAAACCAUCAGGCAAAUCAGUAACCAAAUUCUUUCAAGUUACAAGUAGUGGCAGAGGGUCAAUGAUUAGGACCGAGGGAAGCUCAGUUGACGAUAAAGUAUAUAGGAGAGGAAAUACUGGUGAAACGAAAAGUGAAUGGAUAAAUCCUUUUCUUGAUGGCUUGCGCAAAUAUCUAGCAUUCAGCAAGUUGAAAGUUAGGGCUGACCUUAAGCAUGGUGAUCUGCUGAAUUCAAUGAAUUUAGUAUGUUCCAUGGGCUUUGAUCGGGAUAAAGAAUUUUUUGCUACUGCUGGUGUAAAUAAGAAAAUUAAGGUUUUUGAAUGUGACACAAUUCUGAAUGGUGACCGUGACAUUCAUUAUCCUGUAACAGAAAUGACAAAUACAUCAAAAAUAAGCUGUAUUUGUUGGAACAAUUAUAUUAAGAGCCAUAUAGCCUCCAGCGACUUUGAGGGUGUUGUACAGGUGUGGGAUGCUACGAGGAGCCAAGUUUUUGCAGAAAUGCGGGAGCAUGAGAGACGUGUAUGGUCUGUUGACUUCUCUCUUGCAGACCCAACAAAAUUGGCCAGUGGUAGUGAUGAUGGUGCUGUGAAGAUAUGGAAUAUCAAUCAGGCUGGAAGCGUGUGUACAGUCAAAACCAAGGCAAAUGUGUGCUCCGUUCACUUUCAACCGGAUUCUGCAUAUUCUCUUGCAAUUGGUUCUGCUGAUCAUAAGAUCUAUUGUUAUGAUCUGCGGAACUUGAGAAUACCUAGCUGUACACUAGCUGAUCAUAUGAAGACAGUGAGCUAUGUGAAAUACUUGGAUUCAUCAACUAUCAUAUCUGCAUCUACUGAUAGUUCAUUGAAGCUUUGGGACUUGUCCACAAGUAUAUCAAGAAUGAUAGAAACUCCUCUUCAGACUUUCACGGGGCAUAUAAAUAUAAAGAAUUUUGUUGGCCUGUCUAUUUCUGAUGGAUAUAUCGCGACAGGCUCUGAAACAAAUGAGUUUCUUUUAUGUCUUGGAUCAGGUUUUUGUCUAUUCCAAAGCUUUUCCUAUGCCAGUGUUGUCAUACAAAUUCAGCAUUAUCGACCCGAUAUCUGGCAAGGAAGUUGAUGACACAUCACAAUUCAUAUCUUCUGUGUGCUGGCGAGGCCAGACUUCCAUGUUGCUUGCUGCAAGUUCCAGCGGUAACAUUAAAUUCUUGGAGAUGGUUUAAGUUCAGUGUUCAAAGAUAACGGCUGUCAUCUCGUGGUAAAAGGUUUGAGUGCAUUCAUCGCUUUGUCAAGCAGCAGAAGCAAUCAAGAAUGAUAAAAAGUGGCUGUGGUAGGAACGGUGAAGUUAGCAGGAGUCUCUACUUAAUUAUAGGUGAAGUAGUUAACAUAUUGUAUCAUAAAAAAGGAAAAGAAGAAGAGGAAGACUAAGAGGGAAUGGUUCAUGUACAUCAUUGGUUACAGGUAUAUAGUCGAUUACAUCAAGCUUUUCGAUCAA